AUGACCACUAACGCUCCACACACGCUCAUAGGGAGCGGUGCCACUGACUGCGAGACGGCACUGCUCAACUUGCCUUCCAACUCACAAAUGGACCAAGGAACAGCAGUGAAUGUGAUGGAAACUACUAGUUACAUAAAAUACACUGAGUUGUAUUCACCCAUUGUGAUUGAUGAUCAAGAGGAUAAAGAAGUUAAAGGUGUGGACAGUUCCAAUAAAAGCCAUGAUACUCCAAAAGCAUCAGAGGUGGAACAGCUGUCUGCUUCAGAUAUAAUACAACAUCUGACACUCCGGAUCGACCAUAAACAUGUCAACAGAUUUAACAUCUAUGAAGAUAUAGGGAAAGUGCUACGAGAGAUUCUAAAUGCACCGUCCCUGGAGAAUCUGCGAGACCUGCUGGCAGAGAACAGUGCUGUGUUGCAAACUGCAGGAUAUUUCAGACAUGUCAAGGCACUGGAGGAAAAAGACAAAAUUGUGAAGGACUACAUGUGGUGGUACAUCAUCGACAGGAACCAUGUUUCAAUUGAAAGAUUUAAAGCCGGGCUCGCCAGUUUGCAGUUUUUGACAGCUCUACAGCAGCAUCCCACGAUUCUGACCCAUACUACCUACUUGAUUGUGAAGAAGACAGUUCGGUGUCUCUUGAGGAGCUCUUCAUGUUUGCCACAGGUGUACCAUGCGUGCCUCCAGCAGGAAUUGAUCUAA